AGAGUUGUACCUGGCAACUGCGGAGGAAUAAUAGAAGCUGAAAUAUCUAAAUAAACAGCCCCUUCUCUUCUCUCUUUUUCUUUUUAUUUAUUUAUUGACUUUCCAAAUUCAUGUCAUCGGCCUCUGUUUGGGUUCUAAAAUUUGGAAGCCUUGGUAGUUUAGGUUUUUUGCUUAUGGCACAGUGUAAGUAUUAAUCAGUCUUGAAAAAGCUGCAACUUGCUCACUCUCAGACUCCUCUAUAAAACUCUACCCCUCCCUUGCUAUAGUUCUUCGCACUUUCUUCUGUCAUCUAUCUCUUCUAUCUUAUUUCCCUACCUUUCUUCUGAUGGGUGAAGAGUUAAAACCUAUGGUGUCUGUGAGAGAGUUCGAUCCUGAUAGAGACAGAGAGAGAGUAGAAGCUGUUGAAAGGAUAUGUGAAGUUGGACCCAGUGGCAAGCUUUCUCUCUUCACGGACAUGCUCGGUGACCCAAUUUGCAGGGUUCGCCAUUCGCCUGCUUUUCUCAUGCUGGUGGCGGAGAUUGGUGAAGAGGUAGUAGGAAUGAUAAGAGGAUGCAUAAAAACGGUGACAUGCGGAAAAAGACUAUCCAGGAACGGAAAACACAAUGCCAAUAACACUAAGCAUGUUCCGGUCUACACUAAAGUGGCCUACAUACUAGGCCUUCGCGUUUCGCCUAAUCAACGGAGAAUGGGAAUAGGGUUGAAGCUGGUGCACAGGAUGGAGGCGUGGUUCAGGGAUAAUGGUGCCGAGUAUUCCUACAUGGCAACGGAAAACGACAAUUUAGCUUCCGUUAAACUCUUCACCGACAAAUGCGGGUAUUCAAAGUUCCGUACCCCGUCCAUUCUUGUCAACCCCGUUUUCGCCCACAGGGCAAGGGUGUCCCCCAAGGUCACAAUCAUUAGCCUUUCCCCUUCCGACGCGGAGGUUCUCUACCGUCGCCGUUUCGCCACGACGGAGUUCUUCCCGCGCGACAUUGACUCCGUCCUGAAGAACAAGCUGAGUCUGGGGACGUUUCUGGCGGUCCCGGGUGGGUCCUACAGUGCCGAGACAUGGCCCGGGCCAGAUCUUUUCCUGUCGGACCCACCCAAGUCGUGGGCCUUGGUGAGCGUGUGGAACUCUAAGGAGGUGUUCACGCUCGAGGUGCGAGGCGCGUCGCGCGUGAAGCGCACGCUGGCGAAGACGACGAGGGUGGUGGACCGGGCCCUGCCGUGGCUGCGGGUACCGUCGAUCCCGGAUUUGUUCAGGCCAUUCGGGUUUCACUUCAUGUACGGGCUUGGAGGGGAAGGCCCAGAUGCAGCGAAGAUGGUGAAGGCCCUUUGUGGGUUCGCGCACAACCUCGCGAUGGAAAAAGGUUGCAGGGUGGUGGCCACUGAAGUAUCACCAAACGAGCCCUUACGGUCCGGUAUACCCCACUGGAAGAUGCUGUCUUGUGACGAAGAUUUAUGGUGUAUGAAGCGGUUGGGUGAGGAUUACAGUGACGGUUCCGUUGGUGACUGGACCAAAUCUCAACCCGGAAUGUCCAUUUUUGUUGACCCGAGAGAGGUCUAACGAGUCAACCUCCACCUCCACUUUUUGGUUCUCUUGUCUCUUUCUUUCUUUUUCUGUUCUCUCUCUCAUUUUGUGUAUACUUUCUCAAAAUAUAUUAUCUAGUUAGGGUAACGAGUUGGGGGUGGAAAUGCAGAUAGUGAGGUAUAUGUGAUUUUAUUGUUGUUUUCCCUAUGUUAAAGAAUAUCCUUAUAUCCACCAUA